GGUGAAGCGGGAGGAAUGGCGGCGGCGGAGCGGGCCCGGGCGGCGCUGGAAGCGGCGGCCGCGGUUCCCCGGGACGUGGUGCUGUUCCGGCACGAACGGGGCCGGUUUUUCCGCCUGGCCGGUUGUUUUGCGCGGGGCAGGGGCCUGUUCUGGGCCUACCUGGCUCAUUUCGCCUUCACCGCGCUGCGCCCCGCGCCCGGCACCGACGACGAUCCGCUCCGGCCCCGCGACAACAAAUGGCGCUUCGGCUUCACCGCCUCCUGCCUCACCCUCGGCUCCCUGAUCGUGGGGGCCGGCUGCCUGUUCCCCCUGCGCGCCGUCCGGCGGGUGACGCUGCUGAGGGGGGGCACCGAGGUGACCAUCAGCACCCACGGCCCCCUGGGGGUAGGGCAGGGCCCCACCUUCACCGUCCCCUUACGCCACGUCUCCUGCCGCGCUCACCGCUCCGAGGUGCCGGCCGCCAUCCCCCUCAAGGUCAAGGGCCGACCCUUCUACUUCCUGCUGGAUAAGGGGGGGCAGCUCUGCAACCCCCGCCUCUUCGACAUCACUGUCGGCGCCUACCGCAAGCUAUAGGACUUGAAAGGGGGGGGGCUGGGGACUGUUGGAGCCCCCCCCCCUAAAAUAAACUGUGACUCACCC